AUGUCGGAUACAGGGAAGAAAAAAUCGAGGGCGAUCAUAAAGAUUGACCCGAAAAUUCUUGCACUGUAUGCGAAAGGACCGUAUGAUGCAUCGAAUCAGAAAAGGUUCAAAUUUAACGUGGAUGUAAUUCCACUGGAAUUGAUGUAUCGGGAAUUGGGCAUUGAAGUGCCAGAUAUACAGUAUUGCGGGAAACCUUGGGUUCAGUAUCAGGAAGAUCCAACAUUACCACAAUAUCAAAGGAAACGGCCCAAUUAUAUCAAGAAUUGGUUAACGACAGAUAGGUGUAUUCCCGAACCGUACAUUAAGGAAUACGUCACAGAUGAAGAAUUUAAGGCAGCUGCCCAGCGUGCACUGGAGAAGGUGCCUGAAUUCAAAAAAGAAAUUGAAGCCAGGAAGCAGCUAGCGAAUCAGAAAGAAAAAACACCGCAGGGUUCAGAACCGUCAACCCGAUCCGCAAAGGAGCAGGUUGCAGAUACAGUCAUAAAUCAGGAAGAGAAGUCGGCACCAAAGGAGGCGCCCUCUCAGCCUGAUAUAGGGAAUGGGAAUGAACCAAUCUCGGUGGGAAGUUUAAUUGACUUUAAUGAAGCAAUGAUGGAAACAGAGGAUGAUCACUCCUCUGAUUAUGAAUCACCAGCCAGUAAACUGGAUGACGUGUCUGACUUACCAAGGAUGAAAAUAGUCCGUACAGGUGAUUCCACAUUUCACGCAUCACAAGUGGGAUUGCAGGGAUUCCUCACAGAUAAAGAUUUUGAAUUUACGGAUGAAGAAUUCAUGGAGCAGGCCGCUAGUGUCGAUGACAGAUUAGCUACAGCCACAACAGAAAAAGAUUUGGAGAAAAUUGCACGAGAGUCACUUCCGUUUCUCCUGCGUGGAAUCCGGAGAAUAGUGGCACAGGCAAAGAUAAAAUUAGAUUCCAUUGGUGAAUCUAAGCGUAUGGAUCAGCUUCUACAGGAAGAGAAACAGGCAAAAUUAAAAUUCCAGUCGGACUUUAACGAGAUGAGAAAAAGAUGUGAAACGGCUUGUAAAGAGCGGGACACUGCACUCUAUAGAAACCGUUCACUGAAUGAGAGUUUGGACAAUUACCGGGAAAACGCGGCAAAGGACAAAAAAGAAUACGAAAAAUUAUUGGAGGAAUACCAACAAUUGAAAGACGAUAACCGCAAUAUGGAGAAUGCAAUGGAGGAACUCCGGCGGGAGUACGAUGCAAUUAAAUCGUCCAGAAAUUCAAAGGUUGAUCAGCAGGCAAACGCUGACCUGCAGAAACAAAAUCACAAAUUAGCAGAACAGGCGAGUACGUUGCGUAGGGAGUUACAGCAACAGAGAGAUGCCUACACGGAACUAUCAAACAAAAAUCGACAGGACACGAAUUUAAUUGAAUCAUUGCGGAGGCAGGUGUCGGAGGAACAAAAGCGAAUUAAUCCAGAUGUGGAUUAUGUGGCACAGUUACAGGAAGAACUGGCCAUGGUUAAAUCUCAGAACGAAAUGUACCUGUCCUCGUCAAGAGCGGCAACGGCGGCUGUCUCUAAGGACAGAGAAGAAACAUUGUUGGCAACAAUUGAGCAAUAUAAGGCGGAAAUUGCUACAGAAAAAGCGGAAAAGGAAAAAUUACAGAAGGAACGAAGAGUAAAUAAAGCAUGUACAAAGUGUGCCGAGUUAGAAAAGGAAGCGAAAGAAGCGCAGGCUGCAGCUUACCUGAAACAGACGGAAGUGGAUCGUCUUAGGACGGAAAGUGAUCAGUGUAGGAUAACUAUCCACAAUUUACAGCAACAUUUGCACAAUGGGGAAGCUGCGUAUGCUGAAUUGCAGGAAGAAGUACGGCAUUACCGAAACCAGGCUCAAUAUGCUGCAAGGGAAGUACAUUUUGAACCGGAAGCGCCGGUGGGUACGGGGGAUGAUAUGCCCCUGACACAUAACGAUCGCCACGAUCAGCAAACUUUUGCCCCGUCGGAAGUGAACCCGUCAUAUACUCACCGUGAGCCCAGCGCGGCACAGUCGUCCAAAUCAGUUAAACGACCUGUAUAA